CCCGUCUACUUGCGACAUGGUGCCUGCCACUUACUCCCAGGCACCCAUGACAGCCCACGUGCCCGCAAUUGCCUCCACGGGGCCCUUGCCCGCAGUGCCCUUGCAUGGCUCAGCACACUAGGCACCUUCGUCGACACCCUUUACUUGUGCCUGCCUCCACUACGACCUCGUCUGCGGUACCCUUGCCUGCCUUGGCACCCCAAGGGCCUUUCUCUUGCCUAUGGCGCCCCAGGGACCUUCCACUUGCCUAUGUCGCCUUUUCCUACGCCCUGGCCAACAACGUCUUUGUUGCCAGGUGCCCUCGUCAAUGACGCCCUAGUCCGUGCCCGUGCCAGCUCUGGCGCCUGCCAUGGCACCUGUGCACGCUGUGGCACCCACACCUGCGUUUGCACCCCUUAUGGUGCCUCUUGGUGCCACCUUACCUAA